AUGUCGACUGCUGGUAUUAUCCUUGUCGCAGGAAAAGUCACAAAGUGAAACCCAUUCAACAUUGCUCCCGAAUUCCAGCGUACUGUCUUCUCUUGCAUAAAGACCGUCUUCGGUCAUGCCUUUCUAUGCGAGGGUUUACUAAAACAUUUGAUACUCAUACGUGGAUAGUCAGUCGUUUCGCGCUGGGUUUGGGGGAAUCUAAACCAGCGUCGCAAGGAGUGUACCUCAAUUCCGCUGGCUCGUGUUAGAAUCGGCCUAGACUCGCGCAUAUUUUAGCCGGCAGUAGGUUGCGGUUUGGUGGGCGUGCUGCGACAUGUACGUUAUCAAUCCGGCUCCCGGACCGCAGGACCUACAGACGACAGCCAGUAGUUACGCGUCCGCCGCAGUUGCCGGCGUUACCCACCGUACGGAAAGCCCCGUAGAGUCACUGGAGAAGCAGCAGCAGCAGGAGCAGCAAAAGCGCAAAGAACUCCUCAGCCAAAUACUGACAAAAUGCUCGGUCGAUAUGUCGGAGGAGGUGGCCAACUUUAGCAGCCCCGGUGAAAAAGAAUCAUCUCGUACAGUAGCAGCAACCGACAGCGGAACCGAUCAAUCGUCAACGGCACCGACGGUGCCAACGGAAGGUUCUCCGUUACGUUCGGAGGUGGAUGAAAGUGUAAGGAAUGGACCGCUCGAGGCCACUGCCAACGGUGACGCUGAAAAUGCCGCCCGAGGCACCCCGUCACCUGCUUCGCUGAGGGCAGCGGUAUCGCCUGACCGAUCACCCGCACGGUCAACCGCCAGCUCCUCCAACACGUCCCUGUCGCCAACGUCGUUGGCCGAAACGACGAAAGCAUCGCACCCUCUGUCCGACGCGGGCGAACAACCACUUUCGGCGAAACCAACCCCGGUGUCCAAUUUCGCCAGUGUCGUACAUCCGAAGGAACGUGCCCUCAAGUCGAUCGCAGCGGCGGCCGCAGCUGCAGCGGCCGCGGCAGCAGCGUCGAGCGCCGCUUCUCCAACCACCGAACGCCAUCACAGUUCCACGAACGGGGCGGACGGAGCGAUAGCACCGGCUGGAAAGGUGAAACCACCGGUGGUUACCGGUGGCCGGGCGUUACUGAAUGGCGCAAACUGUAUCUCACCGGGAAACAUUACCGGCGCUGGCGCGGCGGUGCACGGUGGCAGGCUACAGUUCUUCAAAGAUGGAAAAUUUAUUCUGGAACUGGCACGCGCGAAAGAGGGUGAGAAAACUAGCUGGAUUUCGGUACCGCGCAAAACCUUCUGGCCCCCGACCGUAUCCUCUACCAGUGCCAACUUUCACAAGCACGAAAGUUCCACCUCGCUCAGUUUUUCUGACGACAACAGCUCGAUCCAAUCAUCUCCCUGGCAGCGGGAUCACUGUUGGAAGCAGGCGAACCCCCGUGCAAACAUCUCGAAGGAGCUCGCGCUGUACUACUUCCGACCACCGAACGUGCGGUACCGGCUAGCGCGUGAUACCCGCGCCCGGUUACGUCGGAAACGGCGCCGUCCGUACGAAACCACCCUGCCGCCAGAAGUAAAACAGACCGAGUCUGGUCCACUGCUACCGUUCGACAUCGAAAGCCGUCGAACGGAACCCUCGCCGUCGCAGGAGUCGGGGAGAAAUGAAGAUUCCACUGAAGGUCCGGCUAGCACUGGUAGCACAAACAAACCGACGGAAGAUGGCUGCAGCAAUGGGGAAACACCGAUGGACACGUCCGAACCAACACCUGCUGCACCGAGUGAAGGGGACGAGCCGGAACAGCGAGACGCUGCUUCGGGAAGUAAAUCGAAGAGUAAAAAGAAACACCCGGGGAAAGCGGCCGAGGGAAGGAAGGAUACGAACGCGAAACCUCGUAGUAACGGUCACCAUCCGCUCUCGAACGGGCACAACCACUAUCAGCCCGAGCACGUGAGGGGCGGUGGCCGGGGACGUUGUAAACGGGCUGAGGGAAAGGAUCUGGCGGCGAUCGUGCAGGCACUAUCGGAGCAACAACAGCAGAGGGUAGCGACUGCCGCCGCCGCCGCCGUCGCCAACCAUGCCCCUCCAUCGUUUCGGUUAGGUGCGAUCGCGGGUGGUAAUGGGAACGUGCGGAACGUGGUGUUUGGGAGUGGUGCCGCAUCGCAGCAUGUAUCCCCCCGGAAGCGUAUCCUUCGUGAACUGGAAAAGGUAUCGCUCGAGGAGGGUAGCAGUGGAACCACAAUGAAACGAUCGCGUCCAAAGUCUGGUGGUGGAGGGAGUGUUGGUGGUGGUGGUGCUGCUGCUGGUGGUACACCGGUCAUUGUGACCGCGACGACCGCUACUCCGCUUUCUGCGUUGCCAACAAACGGUGCGAUGAAUGGUAGCAGUAACGGAAGUAGUGGUAGCAGAACGAACGGACACCUUAAUGGUGCCGCAUCUGGUUCCAAUGGGUCGAUUGGUGGGAAACAUCUGACGAACGGGGUAGGUAGUAGGUCACCGGUGGCUGCUGCGUCAUCCACAUCGGUACCUCCCCCGACGGCGACUCCCGUUGCACGUCCAUUCAGCAGUUACAGCAUAACCUCACUGCUUGGACAUACGACGCAGAGCAGCGAGUCUUCCUCGUCCAGUGAAGCGGCGGCACAUCGCAAACCGGACCAAAACUCUUCCUCCGGCUCGGUUGCCUCCGUCACAUCCACAGCUAGUCAUUAUCAGCACCAUCAUCAGCAGCAACUUCAUGGGCAUCAUCAUCCGUUGUCGCCACACCAGCAGUACCAGCACCAGCAGCAGCUGCUGACGUCGUCUCCAAAGUCACCGACGAUGAUGGACCUGCAUCACCAACAUCAUCCGCUACUUCCGCACCAUUCGCAGGCGCACGGAUACCCCCAACCAGGAUCGUAUCACGGCCCCAAUCGAUACCAUGGCGCUGGUAGCAAAAAACGCUCUCCGAACUACGGCAACGGUGCCACCGGUGGUUCCCCCGGUGCUAUGGAACAGCAGCAGGGUGGCCCACCUUACGGUGGUGCAAUCCGUUCACCGGAUCUCAGCCCUAGUCCCGAGCACCACCAGCACGCACAGACGCCCCAGCAUCACCAUCAUUCCGGGCACCAUCAUCCGGCCCACCAUAGCACCACACCCGGUGGAAGCGGCGGAUUCACCCGCUACCGGCAACACCCGUACGGUGGCAGUCCGAGCAGCUACACAUCCGCCCCUUCGUCGGCACGCUUUUCUCCUUCGCCCAGCACGAACGACUCCACUACGCCACCGUACGUGCGAUCUUCGUCGUCCUCCUAUCGCGCCGCCUACCUCGCUGGCAACAGUUCCAGCUCACCACCGGCUACCAACGGGUCUCCGCAACACUAUUCGCGUGCUUCCCCGCUAAACUUUGGGCGCGGUGCACUGCCGUCCUCGCCACCACCAUCUUCCGGGUCCGCGCAUCAUCCCCAGCAUCAUCAGCAGCAGAGCCAGCGCGGGGGAGGCAACUUGUCACCACGCGCUUCGCCAAGUAGUACUAGCAGCAGCAGUGGAAGUCAUGGUAAUGGGUCUGCCACUACGCCAACUUCCGCAAUGGCAGCUCUAACAACUAGUAGCUCACCGGGUAGUAACGUGCGCACCGUGCCGAAGAAGACGGCCGCACUGAGGCAACCGUUUUCGGCAGCGUCGAUGAGCGGUACUGGUGCUGGUGGACAUUCACCGUCACGCGAGCGGUCCCACUCCAACGCAUCCAGCUCAUCGUCGUCACUAUCGGUGAAGAAAGAACUGCAGCUGCUUCCGGAUGGCGCGGGAACUGCUUCUUCCGAUACCGUUGAUGGUCCAGUGUCCCUGGCAUCCUCUUCGUCCGCCACCAUGCACUAUGCAUCCGGUAUGCCCGUAUCGUCGGCAGGUGCCACAGGAGGAGUCAUUCGACCCAGCACGGUGAUCGCUUCGCCCUCGCCCCAUCAUCAUCAUCAUCAUCAUCACUCCGCGGCGGUUGCGGCAGCUUCGGCCAAUCCAUUCUAUUCCCUCUACCCACCGCAACUCGCCGCGUCACUGCUUUCGGCCGGGCACGGCAUUCCACCAUCGGCCGGCGGCUCAUCUUCCGCCAGCAGCAGCUCACCAGCAAAUGCAGCCGCACUGGCAGCAGCAUUCCAUCCGGCAGCGGCAGCAGCGUACUACCAAAUGUAUAGCGCAACGAUGGCUGCGGCUGCCUACCGACAUCCGCUCUGGAUGCACUAUCCCGGCAUAGCGGCCGUUGCGCCACAAGGACCACACCACAUGAUCGCUCCACCACCACCCGCCUCCCUCGCCACGAUUGGAUCCACCGACAGUCGACGGAUGGAUCAUCGAAACGCACUCUCACCACCAUUGCCGCAAGGGAUCGCACCCGCCUCCUCUUCGCCACCUAUUCACGUCACGGAUAACAGACCCUCCGAGCAGCAACAGCACCAGCGUCUACAUUCCAGCCAGUCGAUUCCGGCCACUUCGACGGCAGCAGCACUUAACUACAGUGUGACUGCGCUCACCUCCUCCUCCUCCUCCCCAUCCACACGCGGUGCCGUUCCAUCCGGAAACUGGGCCACCGGCGGUGGUGGCGGGGAAGGGUACCCUCAUCACGAUCAUUCCAUUGCUGCUCCCGCCGCCAAAGAAGACCCCAGCAAUGGUGAGUGCCUGCGAGGACAGCGAUCAUAUGUACCUCUCAAUCUGUCCAAACAUUAAAGGUCUCUCGCCCUUCCAAACGAAGUGACCUCAUGCCUUAGGCUAAUGAUAUGAUGCGGAGCAACUACGCCUGUGGAGAACAGCGAAUUCGUCCUUUCGUUGCGUUGAUCGCACGGAUGUGUACGUUGAUCGGAAUCGUACUGGAAUCAUCGUCUAGCUACAAGCAGUAUGAAUAUCGUUUCGUUAUCUGUUCUACAGUGAAGGUGUUUGAAAAAGAGGAAUGGAUAAAGUGGAAGCCUUUUGGGGAAAGGCUUUAACUUACAAAAUGUACCAUGGAGAGGUGCACAAUAUGCCCCAAAUCAUGGACAAUGACGGCAAAACCUGUACCAGUAAACGCAACGCCACGGAGCGAAGAAAUAUUUUGUCGCGUAACUGGGAGAGAAGAAACACUACUAUUUUUGCUAAGCAACAUUUAAAUGCGGAUUUUGAGGAGGUUAAUGGUAGAUGCAAAACAAACGUUUGGAAGUAACAGAAAACGUGCGGAACUAAUAUCUUCGUAGCAUGAGAUAUUCCAUAUACUCUUUACCAAUGCAUGCUUAUUCUUCAAACACCCUCAAGGCAUUGAUAGUUCGGGAAGGCAAGGGAGUAGAAAUUGCAUAAUGUGACAGUCCAGUACAGAACCAAAUCUGUUGUUUCCUCGCGAACGCUAGCAGUGCUGGAAACGAUGACCAACUGUUCAUCCAUAUCCUUAUUCCAUGUUUUUAAUAUACGUAUAUGCACAACACAAUCGUACACUUGCAGUUCAAAUGUGGUACACCCGUGGUUGUUUUCUGUUUGACAAAAUACAUCAACUGUUGUACAAACAUUGAAACACUUUCAUUCGGCGAAAAAACAGAUGGUCUCAUCACAAAACUGCUUUCUAAAUAUAAUCGUGUGCUGCUGGAUCACUUUGGGGAACAUGCAAAUGAAUAGUAAUAUGGGCUAAUGAUGUUUUAUGUGCAUGCGACGUAAAGUGUAUGUGAUUCGUGUUUGUUUAGUGUAGCGCAGGAGAGACCGGGAAAAGCAAACUCACAGCACAGAGCUGAGGACAAAAUGAAUCUCAUAUAGUGGAUAGGAAAAGCCAACAGUAAACGUUAGAACAGUGAAACCAACAUUUUAUGUUUUAGCUUUUACUAAAGAACAAGACACAGAACACAGAAUUGGGAAUUUGAAGGACAAUUAAAAAAAAAAAACAAACAUAAAACGAGUCGGGGUCGAGAUGUUUGAAAAAGAAAGAUUUAUUUACU